AUGAGACUUAAUGCUUUAUUAUCCAUAGCGCUCACAUCAGAAUUGGCUCAAGGUAGAUUUCAUUCAGAUCCAAACAAUGAAAAUGAAAUUCAAUAUGAUAAAAUGGAUUCUCCUAGUUUAAAAGAGAUUUGGGAUGGAGAUUGGCCCUUCCAAGGUGUUAAUACUUUUGCACACCUUGAUUAUGAAAAAUGCUUGCUCAACAGAGAUUUGGAUUUUGAUAUUGGAAUCAUUGGAGUUCCAUUCGACACUGCUACUUCAUACAGACCAGGUGCUAGAUUUGGCCCAAGAGCCAUAAGAUCUGCCUCACAAAGACAAACCACUUUAAGAGGUUUUAAUCAAAAAGCUAUGAUGAAUCCUUAUAAGAAUUGGGCAAAAGUCAUGGAUUGUGGUGAUAUCCCAGUUACUCCUGUAGAUAACAACUUAGCUUUCAAGCAAAUGAAUUUAGCAUUCGAAGAGUUAAUCUUACGUCGUAAUUCUACCAUUUCGUCUAGAACACCACCAAGAUUGAUUGCAUUAGGAGGUGAUCAUUCCGUUUUGUUACCUCAUUUAAGAUCCUUGUAUAAGGUUUAUGGUCCGAUUAAUAUCAUUCAUUUCGAUGCUCAUUUAGAUACUUGGGCUCCAGACAAAUAUCCUUCCUUUUGGCAUUCUGAUCAAUCUGAAUUGAAUCACGGUUCAAUGUUAUGGAAGGCUCACCAAGAAGGAUUGACUUCAACUCAUAAUAUUCAUGCUGGAUUAAGAACAAAGUUGUCAGGAAUCGAAGAUUACAUCGAUGACGAUAAACAAAACUUCGAAAGAAUUUACGCUGAUGAUAUUUGGGUAGAUGGAGUCAAAGCCGUAGUGAAGAAGAUCUUAGAUACUAUUCCAGCUGAUUCGCCAACCUAUUUAUCUGUCGAUAUAGAUGUUUUGGAUCCAGGUUUCGGUAGUGGUACUGGUACCCAAGAACCAGGUGGUUGGUUACCAAGAGAACUCAUCUAUGUAUUGAGAGCCAUAGAUAAUUUAAAUAUUGUCGGUGCUGACGUUGUCGAAGUUGCACCUGCUUUCGAUAAUGCUGAAAUCACUGCUACCAAUGGAGCUCAAGUUGUUUUCGAAAUUAUUACUAGUAUGGUGAAGAAGGGAAAUACAUCGAAAUUAGUGAAAGAUGAAAUUUCUGAUGCUUCAAUGGAGGUGAAAAGUCUUGGUGGGAAAUUAGGGAAAGUUGGACAAAAUAUACUUCAAGUAUUCAAGCAAAAUUAG